ACACAGAGGUCCUCGUGUUUCAAGAACCUAGAACUGAGUGUAAAGUCACAGCACUCCUUACAGCUCGCAGCUGAGAGAAAUUCUCUUCCUGCGUUUGCUGGGAGGCGUGCACAGGAGAUUCUAGUCCUCCAGUAUCCCGUCGAGCUAUCAGUUUGGACCUUCCCCUCCAACACCACGGGUAAAGUUGCAGAGAGUUCGGUUCUCGCAGCAUCUAGAUUGCUGAGAGGGGUUUGGAAAUGUCCGAGGUGUUUAGCAGCGAGGUUUUCCUCGCAUACUCUACCUAUAGCACCAUCGUGUUGCUGAAGAUGCUGUUGAUGGGACCCCUGACAGGAUACUUCAGGGUCACUCGGAAGGUCUUUGCCAAUCCUGAAGAUGCCAAGGCACAUGGCGCCAAGGAUGAAGAAUCCAAGAAAGUGUAUUUGAGGACUGAUCCCUAUGUGGAACGUGUGAGAAGAUGUCAUCAGAACGACCUGGAGAACAUUGUUCCAUUUGUCGGCAUUGGUCUGUUGUACGCCCUCUCUGGCCCUGACCUGAAUACAGCUCUAAUGCACUUCAGAAUCUUUGUUGCUUCCAGAAUCUUCCACAGCAUUGCUUAUCUGGUUCCUCUUCCCCAGCCAUCACGUGGCUUGAGCUGGAUAGUUGGGAUGGGAGUGACCUUUUCAAUGGCUUACAGAGUGCUGAAGGCAGGAGUGCACCUUUGAAAGCAUUGAUUAACACAGCAUUCUCUUUCCAAACCUUGUUCUUUUCUUCGUUGCACUCAUUCUGUUCAAGUUUAGUCUCUGUAAUUGUGUUGAUUAUAAUGGAAGUAUAAAAUGUAAAUCAUUGCUGAAAAUGAAGGGGAAAUGGAAGACAAAACAAAAAUUUUCCAAGCCAGGUUUAACUCAGUGUCUGUGUGUGUGCCUGACUAGCUAGUGUCUAAGCUUUUUCUUUUUAAGUGGGUAAACCUGUUUUGGGACAAGUUUCCAAGAGCAAUUAGAACAAUGACAAUUUGGCAGUUAUACAGCAUCUGAUCAACAAAGGGCCCUGCAAUGAUUUAAAAUAAUAUCAAACACCUCUUGUGUGAAUUAAUUGGACUGUUAGGUAUCCCUCCAUUUUGCCUUCUGGCUCAUUUAAAGGGGUUUUACUUUGCAAAUGUGUAAUUAGUACUAGUAUGCUGUUGAUCUGGUUUUUGACCCUCUGGUAUGUGCUCACUACUUUAGUGGGGAGGUAGACAGCUCACUGACCAUGCCCUGCAGCAAAAGAUAUUUUCUGCUCUGUUCAUAGGUGUUAUAGCAUACCUCUGCAGCAGGUGGUACUUGAUCUACAGCCUCCUGGCUCAGCUAAGGGCACUGCCACUGCUCCACAAGAGCUCCAGCAGCAGCAAAAAAAAAAAGUAGAUGAAGUAAAGAAUAUCUGUGCAUGAAAGAAGGAGUAUGUUGCUGGUUUAAGUUAGUGCUGAUGGUUAUGGCUACUGUGUUAUAGAACAAGGAUGAGACCCAGGGCUGGGUGGCUUCACUCUUAGAGAUUGGUUAAAGGCAUGCAGUAUUAAAUAGCAUAAAUGGUGUUUAAUCUCUCUUUUGCGAUUGAAAUGUUGUCAUUUUAUCUUGGAAACUAUCAGAUAGCAAAGCAUUAAUUUGGGGGCUGUAGAAUUUUGAACUUUCUGGUUUAUUAGGUGCAAAGUGCAAUGUUCUGAUCUGAUAGGAGUAUGAAUUUUAACUUAAAGUUGACUGCAUAAUGUGACAAAAUCAGAACAAUCCUCGACAUUGUGCUUUACAAUCCGUGGUUAUAGCAAGUUAAUUCUUCUCAAUCAUAAGUGUUGUUUUAAAAUGAUGUAAUACACCCAGCCCCCUUACUGUGCUGUUCUGUGUAUAUGUUGCAUUGAAGUGAAAUAUUUCUUAAAUUUACAUUUUGUUUAAUUUGUUUUAUGAAUUAAUAAAUGUUUGCAGUACACAUUAAGCCUUCACACUUCUAGUCUGAAUGACGACUGCAGGAGAGUAGCUAGUCAAAAUGUUGAAAGUUUCUACAGUGGUUUCCCAGUCCAAAAAGCCAUAGGUUUGUCUCCUACUUAUCAGAAUGUAAAGGUCAUGACAAAUGGAGAGAUGAUCUGUGAAGUUCUGUAACUGUUGCAAGUUGAGUGGUUUUGCAGCAUGCACUGUUCAGACCAUCGCAGAUGAUCUCCUUCAUUUGUGGUGCUUUCUAGCUGGCUUUAGUCACGUCCUUUUUGCACACCACCCCCCCCCAACCAAAACAAUCCUGCCCCAGAGGGAUGGAAAGAUGGGCCAGGAUUCAUGGCGCCCCUCACCUCUAUUAAAUUUGUUGUGAAUGUUUGAUGGGGAUUAGACCAAAUGUGAUGCCCCUAAAUUGUACUGCUCGCCUUUGCUCAUGUGACACUUGUCAAAAUGGCACUAAUGACCCCAUCCCCACUGGGGAUAAUGGGGAAUUAAAAAUAAACACUUUAAGGCAUCUAUUCAGUUGUAACUUAAACUUGUUGUUUAGUAUUGAUUUUUGGGUUGCUAAUGAGUUAGAUUUUAUAAAGCUAUGAUUUUUUUUUUAAAUGGGAUUGCACUUUCUAGUUCUGACAAGCUUUCUUUGUCACACAUUUCUUGCUAUAUUCUACUAUAUAUUAAUAAACACUUGAUUGAAAUCUA